CGGGAUUAAACUACCAAGGGAAUGAGAGGAUCACACACACGGCAGGGGAAAGCUGCUCUCGCACAGCGACUGUCUGAGCCUGGAUAUGGGGCAGCACAGCAGCCCGCUCAGGGUCAUUCUCCAAACUGCUCAGCACUUGUUGUUUCUGUGGCUGCUCGCUCACGUCAGGGGAUCUCUCUUCAGUUUGGCGAGUAACAGCAGGGCCACGGAAUUGCUUUACACGCUGCAAGAAGGCUUGCCUAAGGGAGUUCAUAUAGGAAGCAUUGGGGACGAUCUGCAGCUGGAUGUCUUUGCUGAUCCUCCUCUGUCAUUCAGCCUGGCAUCAAAGGGGCUGAGUGAGAAGUACGUGAAUCUCAAUAACAGCACAGGCGAGCUGUGCACAUCAUCCGAGGAGCUUGACAGGGAAGCUCUCUGCCCACAUUCACUGGUUGCUCAGGAGUGUGUGCUGCUUCUUGAUAUAAUCAUUUUGCCUCAGGAAUAUUUCAGACUUAUCAAAGUUAAGAUUGCCAUCAUUGACAUCAAUGACAAUGCUCCACAUUUCCCUGUGCCACAGAUUUAUAUUUCAGUCCCAGAAAAUGCUCCCGUUAACACGCGGAUAGUUAUAGAGCACCCAGCUUAUGACCCUGAUGGUGGAACGAAUGGGGUCCAGACUUACAGGCUGGUGGAUUACCAUGGUGUCUUCACACUUGAUGUUGAGGAGAAUGAGAGUGGGGAGAGGACACCCUACCUUAUUAUCAUGGGCCCUUUGGACAGAGAAACGAAAGCUGAGUAUGAAACCACAAUUAUUGCAGAAGACGGGGGUAGUCCUCCACUCGUGGGGUCUGCCACACUGUCUAUACUGAUUAGCGAUGUAAAUGACAACUGCCCCCAAUUCAAUGCAUCUCAGAUUAAUGCAACUCUGUAUGGGAAUUCCACUAUAGGGACACAAGUUGUUACAGUGCAUGCCAUGGAUAGAGACUUAGGUCCCAAUGCUCUGAUAACAUAUGCCUUCAGUGAAAGGGUGCCACAGGCAGUAAAGGAAUACUUCCACCUGGAUGAGCUGAAAGGGAUUAUAAAACUUUCAAAGAGAAUUGACGGAAGCACUGUCCAGCAGCAUAAAUUAACAAUACUUGCCAAUGGUCCGGGCUGCAUUCCAGCUGUGAUUACUGUAUUCAUUUCCAUAAAUAAAAUCACUUUCAGGCCCCCGGAGCUCAUACCUCGAUAUAUUGCUAAUGAGGAAAACGGUGUUAUCUACCUGAAGGAAUUGGAGCCUGUCCAUUCUCCACUUGCGUUUUUUACCAUAAAAGACCCGGAUGAAAAAUAUCAAGUGAAUUGCUACCUAGAAGGACAAGGGCCAUUUAGACUUUCUGCAUUUAAGCCAUAUAAUAAUGAAUAUUUGCUAGAAACAACAGAUGCACUAGACUAUGAGCUGAAACAGUCCUAUAACAUAGCAGUGGUUGCACUUAGUCGGGAUGGGCAUCAGGUUAAAAAGCUUCUAAAAGUCCAAAUUCUGGAUGAGAAUGACAAUUCCCCUGUUUUCACAGAAUCUACUGUAGAGAUAACUAUUGAAGAAAACAAUGAGCCCAACGCAUUUCUGGCUAAACUUUAUGCCACAGAUGCUGACAGUAAUGAAAGUGGUCAGGUAUCUUAUUUUCUAGGGCCAGAUGCACCUUCCUACUUUACUUUAGAUAGCGUGACAGGCAUUCUUUCAGUUUCUACCAUAUUGGAUCGAGAGGAAAAAGAAAAAUACAGGUUUACAGUAAAAGCAAGAGAUGCUGGCUUUCCUUCGAGGGAAUCUGUUGCUACAGUUCAUAUCACGGUGCUAGAUAAAAAUGACAAUAAUCCUCGUUUUAUCAGCAAAGAUUUCAGUUUUUUCGUGCCUGAAAAUUUUCCAGGAUUUGGUGAAAUUGGAGUAAUUAGUGUCACAGAUGCUGACUCUGGGCAGAAUGGAUGGAUAGCUCUAUCUAUAGUGAAUGGAAGUGAUAUUUUUGUUAUUGACAAUGGCAAAGGACUGCUAAGGGCCAAGGUUUCUCUGGACAGGGAGCAACAGAGCUCCUAUACUCUUUGGGUUGAAGCUGUUGAUGGUGGGGACCCUACAUUGUCUUCUACAGCUAAAAUAACAAUCUUGCUUUUGGAUGUUAAUGAUAACCCACCAAUGGUCCUCUUCCCUCAGUCCAAUAUGUCAUAUCUACUUGUUCUACCCUCCACUCUCCCAGGUUCACCUGUCACAGAAGUUUAUGCUGUUGAUAAAGACACAGGCAUGAAUGCUGUUAUUGCCUACAGUAUCAUAGGUCGACGGGGACCCAAACCAGAAUCAUUUAGGAUUGACCCCAUAACAGGCAACAUCACUUUGGAGGAGGCACUUAUGAUUAAUGACUGUGGAUUGUACAGGUUAUUAGUAAAAGUUAGUGACCAUGGCUACCCAGAACCGCUCUUUUCCACAGUAAUGGUAAAUCUCUUUGUUAAUGACACUGUCACUAAUGAAAGUUAUAUUGAGACCUUACUGAAAAAGGAGCCUGAUAUCAAUAUAGAAGAAAAAGAGCCACAAAUAGCAAUGGAGCCGUCCCAGAAAGAGAUGGAAAGUGAUUCAUGCACACCGACAUUGGUUACUCUGUCAAUAAUAUGCCUGGGCUCUGUCAUUUUGGUCACUUUGAUGGGGAUGUACAUCUGCUUAAGAAAAGGUAAAAAUGACCACAGAAUAAAUGAGAACGCAGAAGUUCAAAUUCCAUUAAACAGGAAAAUAGACUUCCAUAUGCUGGAAAAGAGGCCAAUAGAGAUUUCUAAUAUUUAAUAUUGUCACGCAAAGAGUGAAACUCUGGAGUCUUAAAGAGGAAAUAUGACACAAUGUGUUGAUAGGUGUUGUUAUGAAGGACCACUAAUUUAUACCUUAUGUAGAUAUACAUAUGUAAAUAGCACCUUCUAGCUUUUUUAAAGCAAAUAUUCGUACAACUAUGUAAAUAUUUUUUUAAGACUUAAUGUAAAGCUGUUAUCCCAUACAAAGCUAUUUGGCUUGUGUUGAGCAUUUUCCCUACUGUUGUUUUAACUAAAGAAUCUACAGAUUUUGUUAUCAUCUGUUAUAUUUAACUAAAGGUGAGGUUUACCUAAAAUCUAACUUUAUAGGCCAUAUUUAAUGUACGCAUGCUCCAAAAAGCCUAUACAGGUGAACUGGGUAUUGCUGUAUGUUACAGAUAAUUGAAAGCAGAGCAACUAGCUCAUCACAAAUGAUAAAUAGGAUCUUGCAAGCAAGAAAUCUAUGCAGUUUUGCUAUUCCUUCUUUUCCUUCAAUUUGCAAAGUGUCAAACUUGGAAUUUAAAAUGCUGUCUGGGUUUAUAGGGCCAGUAGUUGUGACAUCCUGAUUUCUUGUGAGGCUAGCUUUGUACUAAUAUUAUUAUUACUAUAUUAUCCUUAUUCCUUGCCUUUAUAUUCAGCCCCUUUUAUUCUUUGAUUUAAACCCAUGCUACGUUGCUGGAGUCAGUGAUGCUAGCAACAGCAUAGCAAUGUAAGACAGUAAUGUAAUUCAGUUUAUCAAGUUUUAGCAGCUUUGGUAAACCAUAGCUUUCAAAAAACAGACAGCAGUUAUUGGUUUAAAGAUCAAACAUCUGAUUGGGUUGUUGUGCAUCACUUGACCUAAUACAAAAUUUUUGUCUGGCUUUUAUUAUAUUGUGUUUUAAAGGAAAACAAUAACCCUGAAAAUUGAAUAAUAUUUCAACCCUUAAAACACUGCUUUUUUGAAAUAAGCAAUUUUCAUAAAAAUGUAUUUUCUAAUAGUAUGUGCCAUUGGAUAAUCCUAAAUAGAAAAACUGCCAUUUUAAAUACGUAGGGCCGCCCCCCUGGCUUAUAUGACUUGUCUUCACUCACAAACCCAGGACACACACACAUGCUAGGUUACAUCAGCCAAUGAUGGGACAGGGCUGCAUUUAGAUGGAUAGACAGAGUACAUCCUUAUUAUAUUCCCAUAUAUUGAGCAUAUAUGGAACAUAGGAGUUUUUGUUUUUCAGUCAUGGAGGGCAAUGGUGGUGCAAGUUUCUCUUUUAUAAAUUACAAUCCAGCAGGGGCCCCAGUUUAAAUGCGCAAUGCAAAUUAUUUUUUUAAUAAAUUCUUAUUAUACACUACAUAUUCGAGAUGCAAUUUUCACAUUCUAUAUUUUUAGGAAACCCAGAAAAAGAUUGACAUGCUAAGUCUGUAUAAUGUAUUAUACCUCAGAUUAAAAGUAAUGACUUAGGAAAUGUAACGCAUUUUUUCAUAUUGAAGCAACACUACAUCUAUCCAUUUGCUAUAAAGGAACUCUCACUCUUAUAUGUCAUUGAUACAGUGUGUGAAUGUAAAGACUUCACAUAAUAUUUAUAGAGGUAAAGCUGAUUUCUUGGUUAAAUAUGCACUUACUGGACAAUCACAUCAUGUAAUGGAAUCAGUGUAAAUAUCACUUUUUUAAAUUUAACAUUCAAGAUCACUUUUUAUUCAAAUAUCCGUAUCUCUUUAAUUAUCUUUUUCACUGGGGUAUAUAUAAAUAUAUAUAACUAUGGAAGAAUGAGAAAGGACAGUAUUUAUUUUGUUUAGCCAAAAUGCCUUUGUCAGUUAUUUUGCUGUGUCGAGAUGGGAUUCAGAAAGCAUUACUUUUAAGGAAGGGGCAGGUUUUAUCUAGCUGCUUUGUCCCCAAAGAGCAGUAGUUUUAUUUUUAGAAGUAAUUUAAAUGCCCCAUGUUUAUGGAAGGGUGCACCAUAGUUCGCUAGAGGAGAACUCCAGAGCUCAAUUUAUUUGAAUUGGACUGUAGAUUUUUCUUCUGGUGAAUUGUCUCUUCACACACUAAUAAAUAUGACCACUGGCAUAUAAAAAGACUUUAAUAAGAAUAGUGGUUAAUUCCUCUGGUUUUAAGAUUGUUAGCGCACAUACAGAAGGUUUUAGUAUUGUGUGUAUAGCUUACUAACAGACCGGUAAGCAAAUGCUUCAGAAUGAAUCCAAGAUUUCCAGCAUCAUGUCUGUAUAGUACCAAAAUGUAUUUCUAUGUCUUUAAAUUAAAGCUAUAUAUAUUUUUUCAUAAAAA